AUGCAAUUCUUUUUAUACUGGAAUUUGAUAGUGAACAUUGAGCUUUUCUUAUCGCCAAUUUCGUUUUUAUAUUCUCAUAAAACAUAUCACAACAAGGUAGAUCUUUCCAAUGUUUCUGUCAAUAAUAUAUAAUUUUCAGAUUCGUUCAUAUUGUUUUCCCAAAUCAUCUCUCAAAGUUACAAAUAUUCAAACAUUAUCCGGAUUGAAUAUGAAUUUGACACAAACUCAAAACGAAUAUUUUGAAGAAUUGCGUAAUAACUGGGGUUGA